UGGUUAACUAGUCGGACUCUGUGGCCUCUCCAUCAGCUUCACGGACUCGGUACGGUCGCCGUCGUCGGAGCACUCUCAGCUUCUCUUGCAAGCAUUGCUGUCCGGCUGCAAAGCCGUCGCCGGUGAUUCCUUCUCUUCUUUUACUACGACUCUUUGUAAGAUUAGAAUGGCUUGUGUACAAUAUGGUAGAAACGCACUCCGGCAAAUUAUUAAAGAUACUAGGCUUCAUACUUCUGAUCAAAUGAUACAGCCGCUGCUAUUCAGGAGCCAGGGAGUUAGACAUAGGAAAUUGGAAGUUAUUCUGACAACAAGCAUUGAAAAGCUUGGAAAAGCCGGCGAGACAGUUAAGGUUGCUCCUGGAUUCUUUCGGAACCAUCUUAUGCCCAAAUUGCUGGCUGUUCCAAAUAUCGACAAGUAUGCUUAUCUGAUCAAGGAGCAGCGUAGGAUUUACCAACCAGUUGAGGAAGAGAUCGUUAAGGUUGUGACAGUGACAAAGGAGGAUAAGAUGAAAGAAUAUGAAAAGGCAGCAAAACGUCUGGAUAGUACUCAGCUGGUGUUAAGAAGGUUAAUUGACAAGGAAAAGUUCCGUGCUCGUGCUACAAAAGAUGAGCCCUUAGCAUUGCAAUCUUCUGUGACAGUAGAUGAUCUUGUUGCUGAGGUGGCACGGCAGCUUUCUGUUCAAAUUACGCCCGAAAAUCUACAUUUACCAUCCCCCCUGUCAACAUGUGGUGAAUAUGAAGUCCCACUGCGCUUUCCAAAGUCAAUCCCGUUGCCCGAAGGAAAAAUCUACUGGAUCCUCAAAGUUAAAGUCCGUAGUAAAUAAAAAGUGGUAAAACAGCUUACUCUUGCAUUCUGGUGCCUAUGGUUUUGGUUUCUUUAGAUCGCUCGGCCUCUAGUUAUAAUGAGGGACAACAUUAUUUCUUGUCCUCAACCAACAUUAUUUUUUACCUUAAAGUUGGCUGUUUGUUGGUUCCUCAAUUAUUGAAUUGAAGCUCUUUGCUAAACAAUAUAAUGGAUUCAAACUAUGGGAUAAAUGAAUCAAAUGCUUAACGGCCAUGACGGGAGAAACA